AUGACAGUCGACUCGGAAAUAUUUAUGCCUAAAAGUAAAGCGCCGAAAAUGGAUGACUUGGACUACAUCCCAGUAGACCUGAGCCCAGAGGAGCGCUCGGAGCUGGAGGACAUCCGCAGGAGGAAGGGGGUACUGCUGCAGGAGAUCCAGAGGCUCCGCGAGGAGCUCAGGGAGGCCAUUUUGGAGGUGGAGGGCCUGGAGGCCAGCACAGAGGGCAGCAAAACGCUUCAAAAAAACCGACAUGUCGCAAUGGGUAGGAAGAAGUUCAACAUGGAUCCGAAAAAGGGCAUCGUAUUUCUCGUGGAGAACGAGCUCCUACGACACACUCCCGAGGACAUCGCUCAGUUCCUUUACAAAGGCGAAGGCCUCAACAAGACGGCGAUAGGCGAUUACCUCGGAGAAAGGGACGACUUCAACAUUAAAGUUCUCCAGGCUUUCGUGGACCUGCACGAGUUCACGGAUCUCAACCUCGUUCAGGCCCUUAGACAAUUUUUGUGGAGUUUCCGUCUACCCGGCGAGGCCCAAAAGAUCGACCGAAUGAUGGAGGCCUUCGCCCAGAGAUACUGUCGCUGUAACCCAGGAGUCUUCCAGAGCACGGACACCUGUUACGUGCUAUCCUUCGCCAUCAUCAUGCUCAAUACUAGCCUCCACAACCCCAACGUGAGGGAUAAACCAGGCGUGGACCGCUUCAUCUCCAUGAACCGAGGCAUCAACGAUGGAGGCGACCUGCCCGAGGAUCUCCUGCGAAACCUUUACGAAAGUAUUAAAAACGAACCCUUCAAGAUCCCCGAGGACGACGGCAACGACCUCACGCACACUUUCUUCAACCCCGAUAGAGAGGGGUGGCUGCUCAAACUCGGGGGAAGAGUGAAAACCUGGAAAAGACGAUGGUUUAUUCUUACAGACAACUGCCUCUAUUAUUUUGAGUACACAACAGACAAAGAACCCCGAGGCAUCAUUCCCUUGGAGAAUCUCAGCAUCCGCGAAGUGGAGGACCCGCGCAAACCUAACUGCUUCGAGUUGUACAUCCCCAAUAACCGUGGUCAGCUGAUCAAAGCGUGCAAGACAGAAGCGGACGGGCGGGUCGUGGAGGGCAAUCACAUGGUUUAUCGCAUCUCAGCCCCCACGCCGGAGGAGAAGGACGAGUGGAUCCAUAGCAUUAAAUCAGCGGUCAGCGUGGACCCUUUCUACGAAAUGCUCGCCGCCAGGAAGAAACGUAUAUCGCUGAAGAAGAAAGAAGAGCAGCCUUAG